AGGACAUAUUCGUCACCGCGACGCUGUUUGCAGAGAGGGCUGCAGUGGUGUUUUACUACAAUGGCCAAACAUCAUCCAGAUUUGAUUUUUUGCAGAAAACAGGCUGGUGUUGCUAUCGGGAGGUUAUGUGAAAAAUGUGACGGAAAAUGUGUCAUCUGUGACUCUUAUGUAAGACCUUGUACGCUAGUGCGGAUCUGUGAUGAGUGCAACUAUGGAUCUUACCAGGGACGUUGUGUGAUCUGUGGAGGACCAGGCGUGUCGGAUGCAUACUACUGCAAGGAAUGCACAAUCCAAGAGAAAGAUCGUGAUGGAUGUCCCAAGAUUGUGAACCUUGGCAGCUCUAAGACUGAUCUUUUCUAUGAGAGGAAAAAGUACGGCUUCAAGAAAAGGUGAAGAAUUGAGACUCAUGGGGAGAAUGAUGGCUAUUGCUCUUCAGAAUCGGUUGUGAUUUUCACAUUUUUGUUCUUAAUCAAGGAUUUUUCAUUGUAUUAAAGUUUCUUUUUUUAACGAAA